ACAGAGCAGAGGUUUUGUGCACCCUUAAUUGGAGAGGAAGGAGGGAGUUGUAAGUGAAAGUAGGAAUAGCGAGGCACCAAUGGUCUGCGACGUCGGCCUCCACGUAGCUCCUCCCCUUCUCCCAUUCAUGGGGGAGGGGGGAACAGUGUCGUCUUUUCAAUUCAUUUAUCUGCAGGAAUGAUUGCCGCUAUCAGUCUCGCGUUCACCGCCCGGCUGAGGAGGUGAAAGUUUCUCCCCAGGAAGACAAACCGCAAAAGACAAUAUUGUGCAUGAUUUGCGCCGUUUUUUUUUUUUAAACAAAGCAGGGGGAAAAAGGAAAGUGAAGGGGGGAAAAAGCCAAAGGAGAGGAAAAAAGAGACGAGGGGAGGGGGGAGAGUGAAAGAACUGGAAGAGAAGAGAAAAUUGUUCGCUACUUCUCUACAUUCCUCUAGCUUCUGUUUUUUUUUUUUUUUUUAAAAAAAUCCAGAAAGGAAAGAACUAAGGAAGUUUCAUUUUUGUUUUGACUUUUUUUCCCCCUCGCUUCCUCGUCUCUUUCGGCUAUUGUUACUUGAGAGCGGGGGUCUCCUGAAGUCUCUCCCUCCUCCCCGCGAAGACCCCGAAAAGUGCAGUCCGAGAGGCAGGAGGGGGGGGGGAGGCGCAAUCGGUUUCGCCUGUGCGCGCGCCGAGGUCUUUUUUUUUUUUUUGUACUCUUCUUCUUUUAUUUUCGCAGCUUCUCGGCUGCUUCCUCGGCGCUUCCCCCCAGCCUUCUCCCCCCCCCCUCGCACCCGACCCUUUCGCCCACCCUCUCCUUUUUCUCUCUCUGCGUGUGUGUUUUUGGUGCGCGGGUGCCGAAGGGGGAGUUCCUGAUGCGGUCGCUUUAGUGGCUGAUCGUCGCGCGGACUUUGGCAAGAGAAAGGCUCGGCGAAGCUGGUUGGAUUGGCGGCGGCGGCAACGGUAGCUCCGGCAGCGGCAGCGGCGGCGGCGGCGGCGGCGGCUCUUCCUUCCCGUUUUUCCUGCCGUUUGUCGGCGGCUGCUUCCUUCUUUUCUCUCCCCCCCCCCUCCCGCCCUCGCGGCCCCCGAUAAAUCACUUUUGUUCGGCGGUUGCUGCCGCAGCUGCCCGCCAAGCGGGACAAAAUGCUCCUGGACGCGGGACCUCAGUACCCAGCCAUCGGCGUGACGACCUUCGGCUCCUCUCGCCACCACUCCGCGGGCGAUGUGACGGAGCGCGAGGUGGGACUGGGCAUCAACCCCUUCGCCGACGCCGGCAUGGGCGCCUUCAAGCUCAACCCCAGCAGCCACGAGCUGGCCUCGGCCGGCCAGACCGCCUUCACUUCGCAGGCCCCGGGCUACGCGGCGGCGGCGGCGCUGGGACACCACCACCACCACCCGGGCCACGUCGGCUCCUACUCCAGCGCGGCCGCCUUCAAUUCCACGCGGGACUUUCUUUUUCGCAACCGGGGCUUCGGGGAGGCGGCGGCCAGCGCGCAACACAGCCUCUUCGCCUCGGCGGCCGGCAGCUUCGGCGGGCCCCACGGGCAUGGCGAGGCGGCGGGCCAUCUCCUCUUCCCGGGCCUCCACGAGCAAGCCACGAGCCACGCGUCGCCCAACGUGGUCAACGGGCAGAUGCGCCUCGGCUUCUCCGGAGACAUGUACGGCCGACCGGAGCAGUACGGGCAGGUGACCAGCCCGCGCUCCGAGCAUUACGCGUCCCCCCAGCUGCACGGCUACGGCCACAUGAAUAUGAACAUGGCAGCCCAUCACGGAGCGGGGGCCUUCUUUCGCUACAUGAGGCAGCCCAUCAAGCAAGAGCUCAUCUGCAAGUGGAUCGAGCCCGAGCAGUUGGCUAACCCUAAAAAGUCCUGCAACAAAACUUUCAGCACCAUGCACGAGCUGGUGACUCACGUCACCGUGGAGCACGUUGGCGGGCCCGAGCAGUCCAACCACAUCUGCUUCUGGGAAGAGUGUCCCAGGGAAGGGAAGCCUUUCAAGGCCAAAUACAAACUGGUCAACCACAUCCGCGUCCACACGGGGGAGAAGCCUUUCCCUUGCCCUUUCCCGGGAUGCGGCAAAGUCUUCGCUCGGUCGGAAAAUCUCAAAAUCCACAAAAGGACGCACACAGGUGAAAAACCCUUUAAGUGUGAAUUCGAGGGCUGUGACAGGCGCUUCGCCAACAGUAGCGAUCGUAAAAAGCACAUGCAUGUCCACACGUCAGAUAAACCUUAUCUCUGCAAAAUGUGCGAUAAAUCCUACACGCAUCCCAGCUCCCUACGAAAGCACAUGAAGGUCCACGAAUCCUCUUCCCAGGGAUCCCAACCUUCCCCCGCUGCCAGCUCGGGCUAUGAAUCUUCAACUCCCCCAACCAUCGUCUCUCCAUCCACAGAAAACCAGACCACGAGUUCCUUAUCCCCCUCAUCUUCAGCGGUCCAUCACACGUCCAGCCACAGUACGCUCACGUCAAAUUUUAACGAAUGGUACGUUUAAACAAACAAACGAACAGGGGCAAAAAAGCGACCUAUUUAAAAGACUCAAAAAAAAAAAAAAAAUAACGAACACUUUGAAAUCGAUGAAUCUUUUUUGGGGUGUGUGUGUUUUGUUUGUUUUUUUAUAUAAAUAAAUAAAUAAAUCUAUCAAUCUAUCUAAAUGCUGCCAUAGACCCAGGAGUGAACCAAAUCAAGAAUUCUCUCUCUCUCUCCCUCUCCCCCCCUCUCCCCUCCCCCCCGUCUGGUUUCCCCUCCCUCUCUGGUCCCUUUUCUGCUGUUUUGUUUUGGUUGGGGGGGGGGAGCAAAGGCUAGGAGAGCAAAACCCAAAGGGUUCUGUUGGGAAUGAGAGAAUGGCCGGCUUGUGGUGCCAUCUUGUCCGUGUGCAGGGCUUUUUAAGUGGGAACCACUGACUGGAUCUCUCACAACUGCAUGUUUCUCUGGACAGCAGCCUCCCUGUUUUCUGUAAAUACAGAAAUACUAGCUUACAAUGUACUGUUUGAUUUUGUAAAUAGUUCUACCACGUUGAAAUAAGGGGAUAUGGUGAAACGGUGGUCUUUGCAUAU